UACCGUUCAAUUCACCUCUUCCAUAUACAUUUGUGGUCUGUGUUGUGUAGUCGCAAUGGACGAGAAAUUAUAUCGUGUUUUAAAUUUUCGUGCUAUAAAAUGAAUAAAAUGUCCGAAGACAUUGUUAUAAAGACCUUGUUAUGUUCAGUAAAUAAUAUACGUGUUUUUUUAAUUUGUUAAUGAUGAGGUUUCAUAGACGUUGUGGGGAUAGAGUUAGUCUUUUACACGACAAUACAACUGCCGUAAGAAAUUUUGUUGAAUUUAAUCACGGGUUAAUUCUUAGCGCAGAUCCACUCACCGAUGAUGUUAUAUUUGAAGUUUGCAUAGAUAGAAAGGUAAACAUCUGGAAUGGGAGCCUUGAAAUCGGAGUCACCACCCUGGACCCUGAGUAUAUGGAGUUGCCUGCCACGGCAACUAAGCUUCGCAAUACGGCCUGGAUUAUGUCGGGAAGUUCUGUGGUAAAGGAUGGAGUGACAUUGAUACACUCAUAUGGUCCUAAGUUGGAUAGUCUUCACGAAGGCGACUGCUUAGGUGUUAUGAGAACUAGUAAGGAUGAAUUAAUGUUCUAUGUUAAUGGAAGAUGUCUGGGUAUAGCGGCGACUGAGAUGCCCCCACGACUCUUUGCUGUUAUCGAUUUGUAUGGCCAGUGCGUACAAGUUUCAAUAAUGCAUACAAACUGCAUGCGAACUAUCAUGGAGAAUAGUUUAGAUCAGAUUGAAGAAGAUCCCAACAAUGACGAUUCGAUAAUGAGUGAAUCGGAAGUGAUGCCUGAGAAUUUACAAGAUAAGCCGUGUUCGGAUGUCUUCGUACCGAUGACUACGGAAGGCGCAUGUGCUUUAGUGGCCAGAGACCGACUUCGGUUUCAUCCCAGAUGUGGUAUCUUGGUCAAACUGUCGAAUAAUAACAAGUCUGCCGAGCGCUCCCGUCCCUUAGACGACUACAAUAACGGAGUCGUAAUGACUCACAGACCGCUCUACGACAACGAGCUCUUUGAGAUACGAAUAGACCGCCUCGUGGACAAGUGGAGCGGCAGUAUAGAGGUCGGCGUUACAACCCACAAUCCAGCGACAAUUCGGUUUCCGUCGACCAUGACAAACAUGGAUUGUGGAACCAUCAUGAUGUCCGGUUGUAAGGUCCUGAUCAACGGACAAGGCACUUGUGUCGAAUAUGGCAACUUUAAUUUGGAUGAACUUCGAAUAUUAUAUGUCCAGGAAGGAGACACUAUUGGUAUGAUGCGCAAUUCUGCCGGUAAAUUGCACUACUUCAUAAACAGCAUCGAUCAGGGAGUUGCGGCAGACAAGGUGGACCAACAAGUUUGGGGCGUUAUCGACCUCUAUGGCAUGACAGUCAAGGUAUCAAUAGUUGAUGCGUGUGAGGAUCUUUGUGAGAUGGACACGAAUAUCAUGAACCAGCCAAGCGUCUCCAACGUCCCUAACCUGCCGUCGCCUGUACCUGCGAACACCAGCAGAUACAGGCCUCAAAUAGACGAAGACAGUCUUUUAUUUCAUUCGCUGCGUGAUUCGUAUGUUAUUAUUAUUAACGAUGGUAAGACUGCUCAUCGGCCUAACGCUUUCGAAUUCUUCAACAAUGGCAUAGUGAUGACGAAUCGAACGUUAAAGACCAAUGAGCUGUUUCAAGUUAGACUCGACCUGGUCAUACCCAAGUGGGCCGGCAGUAUCGAGAUAGGGGUCACGCAGUAUUCCUCCAAUGAUAUAAAGACACCGUUCAAAAUGAGUCACGCUAAAUCAGGCACUUGGGUCAUGGCCGGCGAAGACAUUAUUCGCAAUGGAAGCGUUAUAAUACCGAAAUAUAUAAGAAAUCUCAAUGGAUUAUGUGAGGGAGACACCGUGGGCGUGAUGCGAAAGGACAUGGGCAUCCUACAUUUCUUUGUGAAUGGCGUCGAUCAAGGUCCGGCCGCUUUUAAUAUACCAGGUCAAGUUUUUGGUGUCAUUGAUUUAUAUGGAAGAGUGGCGCAAGCGACGAUAGUAGACACCUAUUCACCGCCGACGACGUUUUCACCGGAAUCCCCGAACUCCUUCGAAUCAAAUACUACAGUUUAUCCGGAAAUGUGCUUCCACCGCGUACACGGGCGUAAUGCACGCUUGAGUCGCACGCGAUUGACUGCGUCACGUACGGCGGUCUACUCGGAGUUCAACGAUGCGGUGCUCUUCAGUUCUAGGCCUUUGCGAGAGUGCGAUAUGUUCGAACUGAGGAUCGAUUCUAUGGUCGAUUGCUGGAUCGGGAGCUUGGAGAUCGGUGUGACAGCAAUUCGUCCGGAUGACCUGGACGAUUGCGUCCUAGCGGGAACGGCGACGGACCUGAACUACGACACGUACAUUUUGAGCGGCUCCGCAAUGAUGAAGGACGGAGAGUGUGUGAGAAGUGGAUAUUCCUUGGAUCUGGAUACAUUGACUGUCGGCAGUCGAGUCGGUGUCAUGUGGCACGCGGAUAGAAGCCUCCACUAUUACUUAGAUGGAAUGGAUAUGGGGAAGGCGUGGUUCGUUCCUCAUCUCAACAUCUACGCAGUUGUCGACCUUUAUGGGCAGUGCACUCAGGUGACGAUACUACAAAACGAAGAACGAACAUUUAACUACAACGGCUGUCCACUCGCCGAUAAUCCGUUUUUCGGUCUACCGCGGUUAUUGGCCACACCUCCACCGCCAUAUUGGAGUUUUUCCGAGUAUUAUGGAGACAACGUCCGGUUAACUCACGAGUAUUCGGUCGCGAAGAGGUUGACUCCCGAUCCGAUGGGUGCACUAGUCUUCAGCUCCGAUCACUUGGCCGUCGGGGAAAUGUUUGAGAUAAAAAUCACGGAAUGCCAAGACAGUUUUGCUGGAGGAUUUCGUAUGGGAGUGACCGAUAUUAAUAUUUUGAACGCACACGUCAAUAGAAGCCUGCCCCCAUCUAUUAUAUACUUGCCACAUUACACCGCUUAUGUUGAUGGGAGAUACAUGAAAUAUUCAAAGCCCGGGACCAGAGAGCAAGAUUGGUGCACUGUUUCACCGUCAUUCGAGUGGCUGAGGCCCGGAGACCGUGUCGGUCUGAAGAAGACUACCGACGGACGUGUAUUGGUUUAUUACAACUGCGAGUGUAUCGAUACGGCAUUUGAACGGGUUCCCGAUAAAGUGUACGUGGUGAUGGAGCUAUAUGGAUGCGUUUACAAGAUUCAAGCAAUAAAACGGGACAAUGUUGUCGCCUUGCCGCAAACGAUACCAAACGACUCGUCGUACAUAAAACCUACUACGGAGGUGGAAGUGGACCUUAACAUGGAGAGUUGUACGAGUGAAACGGAAGGCACCUUGUCUACGGUGACCGUGAUGCCAUCGGAGAGACGGCGGCGGUCGCCUUUACCAUACACCUUUCACUAUGUGCACGGAAAGAAUAUCAAGCUGUGUAGCUCUGAUACAGUAGCCGUGCGUACGUCGGGCUACAACGAUGCGAUCGCUAUCGUAAGCCAGCCUCUCAGAAGGGGCCACAGUUUUAGGUUCCGGAUCGACAAGGUGGAUGAAGAGUGGGAAGGCAGCGUGGCGAUAGGGGCCAUGGCGACGCUGCCCACGGACAGUCUGCCGCCGGUGGCGACUCGGCUCGACCCGGCCGCCUGGGUUCUCACCAGCGACCACUUAUACGAUGGCACUUGUUAUUUACGCGCUCCGAUGGCUAUCGAGCUCGAAGAUGUUAACGAGCAGUCGGUUCUGACUCUCCACUUCAGGUUCAACAGUGAUCUGGUGGUGGAGUUAGACGGAAGAGUUUUAGCCGUCGUCGGAUCUGUCUCGAGACUCAACGGCCACGUGUACCCCUUGGUCGAUCUCUACGGAAAAGUUUGUCAGGUCUCGGUCUUGCUCCAUCCGUAUUCUAUUACGAGUGGAACGUCCCUAGAUUUGCCGAUAAUCGCUGAAAACAGACGCGAAGAAUCUCUAGCGGAGCUCGAGCAGGAACUGGAGAAUACGAGUGAAGAUAGAUUGCAACGUCGAAACCGGGCGUUCAGUGAAAACAAUUUGAUAGAGGAUUUCGAGAUGGCGGGGCCCAGCGCGGACGUCGGAGACGCCUCAUUCGACGACGUCAGAGUCGCGCGGAGCAAAGUGAUGCAUCGGAGUUUAACGCUGACCUCGGACAGGGGGCCCGGGGUCGUGCAGAAGAGUCGCUCCACUCACAAUUUCGGGACCGAGGAAUUCGACGGACGAGCGAGGGCCGACUGCGAUACGAACAUUCGCCACAACGACCGCUACCCCGAAGCCGACGUCGACAAUCUGGAUAACGAAAUCGUGGACGCCCUCACCUUGGAGACGGGGAAUCUUCCGGAUCUAACCGAGGAACGCUCCUCGUCGACGGACGACUCCGCUCGAAGGGACGACGCCGAAACGUUUUCGGUGGAGAAUUUAAAUUAUUUGAACAGGAUUUUGGGCCUCGAUCGAGAGAGCGAAGGGAGUCUGGAGGCGGAGUGGGAGGCCUCGGGCGAAGGCUGCGAGCAUCUGCAUCUGGUGCUGAAGUAUUGGAACUUUUUGGUGCUGCCUUACCCGGAGUUGAGGAGAGCGGUUUCUUGGGGACAAGUCGAGUGCUACUGCGGCAAUUGCGUGCCGGACGCCGAGCCGUCGUUCGCCGGUUGGGUCCGCAUCGAGCGCAUCGACGGUAUCGGUGCGGCGACACGUGGCUUCUGGCACAUCGUCCGCUCGACACUCGGCGCGGCACAGGCGGUCGAGCGAGCCGUCGCUAAGCGACCGGCCGAGAUAUCUUCCACCCUUCUGACUACGCCUAGCGAUGUGUGGAUGGACGAAGAAGGGAAGCCGCAUCAUACAGUUUUAGCCAUAGAAAUCGAUAUAGAGGGCAACGAAGCCGACAAAGACAGGCUGCUAGCCUUUCUCAUUUACAUGAAGCCUCACAUCGUUUUCGUCGACGAUAAUCCACCGAGCCUCGACGAAUGACCGGCGGCGACCGUCACGACUAGUCCUUCGCAACGUGGUUAAACCGAAAACUGGACCGGAUCUUUUGGUAUUUGAGUGAAAUUAAAACGAAUUUAGCGUUAAUUAAUUAUCUAUGUCCGAUCCGGGGGCAACUGUCAAACCUUUGCACGUAGUGACGACGACAGGACGCAAGACAAUUGUCAGAAGCGUUUAUGUCCGUAAAUGUCAUUAACUAUAUCGAUGAAGCUAAAUUUAAUUUCUUCCGAGUACCGAAAGAUCGUACGCUCGAAGCGUUAAGGGCUCAACCGACUUUAUAUAUUUUUAAAUGUUUCUUAAAAGUCGGAUUUUUGUAAAGUUCGAGGCGCGAGGUCAACGGGAUCUUUGAUUAGACGAUGAUUGUGAAAAUGUCCAACCGUUUAGUCAAUCUAAACUUUAAAAUAUACACAAAGGUGUAUUUCUUGAAUUGACAUAAAUAUUUAGACAUUUAUAAGUUUUAACUUUGAGUCUAAUAGACUUUCGGGCGCCUUUGAAGCGUUCGAAUCUGAAUGUACUAGAUUUUACCCCGUAUUUGUCUGUCAUUUUAACACACAUUCUAUUGAAAGCACUAAUAUUUUGUGAUUCACACGAGGACCAGCCUCAUUUUAUUAUUUUUAUUAGGAUAACGUAACGAAGAUAUCGAUCAAAAAUAUAUACAUAGUAAUUAAUAUUAACAUUUGAAUGUCCGUUUCACGAAAGUUUUACUUUGUUACUAAAUUGUAUACAUUUGGGGCAUAUUUCUGCCCAUGUGGUCACAUGUAAAAACUUUUGGGAACACAUCGUGGCCCCAAACGGUCCCUUUCUCUAUGGUUAAGGUACUCUUUACGCGUAGUCGUUAUAUAAUAUUAGUCGUUGGCAACACCGACACACUUUGGUAUAGCGAUGUGUUGUUUGUUCGUGCUUCCGAUUUUAGUUCCAAAUACGCCCACGGAACGCUGCCUAAGUUUAUAUUAAUAUUCUUGUAUGUUAUUGCCUUCGUUUCAUUAGUGCUAAGGGUGCUGUUCUGUUGGUUAAUUUAGAGCUAAAACACACAUACUCAUUCGUGUAUGUACCAUAAUCAUAAAUACUUUUUAUAUACUUAUCCAUUAGCACUUUCGCGAAACGGAGAAAGCAUUUUAAAUAAUCUUAAUGUUCAUAGAAAAAAUGUAAGCAAUAGGUGUUUUAAAGAAAUGUCUAUAUCUGUCGAAAAUAGUAGUCAACAGUCGGGUCUUUGACCAAAUGUCAUAUCAAAUAAUCUCAUGCAAGAUAAAUAGCGAAGUUAUGCAUUUAUUUCUUGGCAAUCAAAGCCAGUUCAAUUAUAAUGUAUGUCUGCUUCGCCUUAUAUUUUGCAUUACUAAAAUCUAUUUCGCUUGGCUAAAUCACUCAAUUGCACUACGCCGUUAGCGAGUUUCUACUGCAGAUUGAAAAGCUAAUGGGUCAGAAAUUGUAGAUAUGUUAGACUACCCUACAGUAUUCCGUUUGAUCUCAGUCUAAAGUAUUAAACGAAUCUUGUCCAAGCAGGCGCACGAAGGGGGGACUUAUAAAGUGUAUUUAGACUUCGCUUUCGCCAAACUAAUUUAACCUCUGAGCUGAAAUGCAUCGCAUUAUCUCAAGAUACUUGUAAGCCUAAUGCACUUUAUAAAUGCCAGCCUUAGAGUCGUCCAUUAAGUGAUUUCUAAUGGUAGAAUAGUUACCCGUCUUUUAGUCAACGACUGAUUAAUGCUUAUGUCUUAAUCUACGGCUGCAAAAAAGCAAUUAUUAAAUGUAACAUUUGAUGCAAUUUUGUUGAGUAACAUUUUAGGAAGUAUAAUUUCCGUCAUAUAUCCGUCAAGGAAGAGAUUAAUUAGUGUUAAAACAAAUAAAGCAAUGUAGAUCUUUCCUAAUUUAUUGUAAUGUUUUAAGUACGACUGAAAUUAAAUUAUUUAAAUGAUUGUGUUCUUAAUUUAUGAGUAUAUAUAAAUAAAUAAAUCAUUGUACAUCAAAUAUAAUAUAACAUCGUUGACUAGAGAAUAUUUCUCAGCUUUUGCAUUUUAUUUUCGGCUGAAUAUUCCUUGUAUUUUUAUUAUUGUGACAAAAUAGCUUUUCUUUUGAAUAAGAAAGAUGCUGUGAUAUUUAUAUUUUGCAAGUUUAUAUGUAUGCUAUUUUUAAUAUUUUAGCAGUUAAGAGGAGUAACUGUUGAGUUUCUUGUCGGUUCUUCUCAGCAGAAGCUACAUUCCGAACCGGCAGUAACUACAAAAAUAUAUAUUAUUUGAAUCGUA